GGUUGACUUGUAGUUGAUAUAUAUACCAAGGAAACAUUCGUUAUCUUCCUUUUAUUACAUCAAAAUCCAGUUUCCCAAUCUUAUCAGAACAAUCUUCUUCCCCUCCUUGAUCUGCUGAGUGAAUCAAUGUCUACUUCAUAUUCUCAAACUCCAGUUUCAGCUCCUUCUACAUGGGAUGUCUUUUUGAGUUUCCGAGGCAAAGACACUCGGAAUACCUUCACCAGUCAUUUGUACGCUGCCUUCGAACGUGCUGAAAUUCGAACAUUUAAGGAUGAUUCUGAGCUACACAAAGGAGAAGAAAUUUCAGACUCCCUCUUCCAAGCUAUCCAGGAAUCCAAGAGUUACGUUGUUGUGUUGUCGGAAAAUUAUGCUAAUUCAAGUUGGUGCCUUAACGAGCUUGCAGAGAUCCUUAGCUGUUGCAAAACAACCGGAAGAUCGCUCACUCCUGUGUUUUAUAUGAUAGAUCCAUCGGUUGUGCGCCACCAAAAAGACAGCUACAAGAAAGCUUUUGACAGACAUCUGAUUGAUUUCGGAAAGGAGAAAGUCGACAGGUGGCGCUUAACACUAUUCGAAGUUGCCAAUCUCUCGGGAUACCAUGUAUCUGGAGACAGAUACGAAAUCGAUAUUGUCAAUGAAAUUGUUGAUGGUGUUCUGCUCGAAAUAAAUCCCAAGACUUUAUAUGUUGCUGAAUAUCCAGUUGGGUUGGCUUCUCGUGUUAAAAAAAUAACAACAUUGGUAGAAAGUUUCACAGAAGGUAUACAUGGUGGUACCGAUGGACUUGCCAAAACAACUCUGGCCGAAAAGAUUAGUAUAUGUGGUAUGGGUGGACUUGGAAAGACAACUUCAGCAAAAAAGAUUGGUAUAUACGGUAUGGGCGGAGUUGGAAAAACAACUCUCGCCAAAGCUUUCUAUAAUGAAAACUAUAGGCGCUUUCAAGGUAGCUGUUUCCUGGAAAACGUUAGGGACGUUUCGAGAAAAGAAGGCCUAGAAUGUUUGCAGCAGCAACUUCUUAACAAUGUUCUUAAAUGUCAGAACAUUAACGUCUACAAUGUUGACCAGGGAAUUGAGUUUAUAAGAGCUAGAAUUUGCUCAAUGAAAGUGCUGAUUGUUAUUGAUGAUUUAGAUGACCCUAGACAACUGGAAUAUUUGGAAGGGCGAUUUGCUUUGGGUAGCAUAAUGAUAAUCACAACAAGAAAUGAAGAUCUAUUGGAUUCAAUUGAAGUAGAAGCCAGAUAUAAAGUAAAUGAACUGAAUGAUGCAGAGUCAUUUCAACUUUUUAGCCUACAUGCCUUUGGCAAUAAUAUGAUAUCCGACACUCUUAUGGAAAUUUCCCAAGAAAUUUUACAACAGGCUGGGGGGCUUCCGUUGGCACUUAAGGUUUUCGGCUCAGACUUGCUUAAACAACGUCAGCAAGGAGUGACAUCUGUCGAUGAAUUAAAACGAGUAUCCAUUGACGCUGUUGAGGAAAAACUUAAGAUCAGCUUUGAUGCACUAAAAUUUGUUGAUCCUAUGCUGCAGGAUAUUUUUUUGGAUAUUGCUUGUUUUUUCAUUGGAUGGGAUAGAGAAGAUGCUGUUGAGAUAAUGGAUGCUUAUUAUUCCUAUGUAGACCACAAAAUUGAUAUUCUACAGAAGAGAUGUUUACUUACUAUCAAUGAUAGAGACAAGUUUGUGAUGCAUGAUCUGAUUCGGGACAUAGGAAGGGAAGUUAUACGUAAAAAUUCUCUUGGUGAGCCUGGUGACCGUAGUAGACUCUGGGAAUCAAAAGAUAUAUGUGAUGUGUUGAAGAAGGAAAAGGGAACAAACGCUAUUGAAGUUAUCAUCCAUCAGAGAUCUUACCGCAAGGAUUCAUAUGUUGAAGCAUCAAUCGCUAAGGAAACAUUCAAAAAAGUCAUCAUCUAUCAGAACUCUUACCACCAGGAUCCAUUUGGUGAAGCAUCAUUCACUACAGAAACAUUCAAAAGGAUGAGCAAACUAAGAUUUCUUCAUCUUGAUUGUGUGGAGCUCACUGGAAGCUUUGAAGAAAAAUUUGAAAAUUUAAGGUGGCUCUGUUGGAAAUGGUGUCCUUUAGAGUAUUUACCUUCUACAUUUUAUCCGCAAAAGCUUGUUAUCCUUGAGUUGCCACAUAGCAAAUUGAGAACAAUGUGGGAGGUAAAUAUGGUCUCACAGGUUUUUAAAAAGCUAAAGACUUUAAAUAUGUGGAGAUCUCUAGAUUUAACUUGCACACCAGACUUUACCAUAUUACCAUUUCUUGAAAAUCUGAAUCUGGAAGGCUGUGAAAGUUUGGAAGAGGUUCACGUAUCAAUUGGAAGUCUGGCGACCCUUGUUUCCUUAAAUCUGGGUGGUUGUGUGAACCUCAGAAGUCUUCCAGACAGCAUUUGUAACUUGGGGGCUCUUAAAAGUCUAAAUAUUGUUGAUUGCAGUCGUCUAGUAGAAUUGCCUCUUCAAUUAGGAAACAUUGGAUGCAUGAAAGAACUCAUUGCGGAGGGAUUAAAUGUUUCUAAAAUACCAGAUUCGAUCGGACAGCUUACUAAGCUUGUUGAGCUGAGAUUAAGUUGUAACAAGUACCUCAAAACUUUUCCCGAUACUAUUGACAACCUGAGAUCACUGAAAAUUCUUGAUAUUUCUUACUGUAAUCAACUAGAAAUAUUGCCAUAUCAACUGCUGAAGCUUACACGGUUAAGUGAGCUUUAUGCAAGAGGUGCUUCUUUGGCAAAACAACUUCCUCAGAAAAAUUUCAAGACUGCUUUAUAUUUGAAAAAGUUGUUUUUAUCCGAUACUUUUAUCACCAACUUGCCAUCCGUUAUUAGUCAGCUCCCCUAUCUAGAAGUUCUCAGUCUCAAAGGUUGUCGCCGUCUGUCAUCUAUCCCAGAACUUCCUACUACUCUGAUAGAGCUCAGAGCAGAAGAUUGUACUUCAAUGUUACAAUUACCAAAUCUAUCCAAUUUGAAACAAUUGGAGAUGUUGGAGCUGACAGGUUGUAGUGGUUUGGAAGAGAUUCAAGGCUUGGAGGAACUCACUUCUUUACGAGAACUUCCUUUGGGUGGUUGCAACUCAUCUCUCAUGGCAUACACUUUCACACAACAUCUCUUUCAGAUUUACUCUGGAUUUGGGCAUGAAGUUAAAAUUUAUGCUCGGUCAGCAGAGUUUCCGGAUUGGAUUAGUCGGUCGCGGGAUUCAGGGUCAACUGUGACUUUAGAUUUGCAGCCAGAUGUGUCACAAAAUUUCUUGGGGAUGAUUCUUUGCUUUAAAUACUGUGACGAUGAAGGGUUUUACAGGCUUGAUUACUCUGUUAAGACUACCACAAGUAAUUUGAAAUGCAGUUAUGAUGGGCUUUAUGCUCAUUAUUACAAUGAAUCAUGGAUGGUAGUAGUACCAAGAUCAGUUUUUACUGUCACAGAUGCUGACUACAGUAUUGAAUUAGUAGCAAAUCAAGAUAUUCUUGGUGUUCAUCUACUUUACAAAAUGGAGAUUCCAAAGAUUGAGCAUGACAGCACCAAGGGUCAAGUACAAGAUGAAGGAAGCUAUCCUUUUAAACGGUUGAAACAUUUAAUAAGUGACAACUGAUUCCUCUUUUUCUCAGAAAAUGGAUGAACAAGAAAGCACUUUGUUGGUACAUGUGUGCCAUUGACCUACAGGAACAGCCAAGAACCAGGUGAACAAGAAAGUGGUAAAUAAACAAAGGAUAACCUAUUCAUAUACUCAAUCAUUUUAUUGAUAGCGCCUAAUUUUUUUUUCGGACAUGACAUGUAACUACAUGUGUGCCAUUUGUUUCCCACCUACAGGAACAGCCAAGAACAAGUUACACAAGAAAGUGGUAAAUUAUAACAAUAUGAUGUAUAUCUAUUUAUCACACACUGGAAUUCUUUUUUUCUUUGUUUGGUUAUUAUGGUUUACAUUAAUAUAAUAUGGUGUGGUGUUCAAAUUGGGGUUGCAGUCAUUUAGUGAGAAACCAAGUUUCUGCGGGAAAUGACCAGUUCUAGCUGAUUAUUUCAACCUAGGCCAUAAGGUUGCUCUAACUUUGCUGGAUUGAAAGCAGUUGGUGGAAGUGCCGAAAAUACUUCAAUGUACCACAAAAUAGCAUUUCCGGGAACUAGAGAUCUGUUAGAGUUCAUGGCUGCAGUCCUGCAGAUGAUUGCACGAGGGUCUCUAUCUGGUUAUAUAACAGUUUAGGCAUCAUAUUUCUAUAUCUAGCAAUGCAAAAGGCUAAAUGUGACAGACUGACUGUAGAAAAGAUUUGUUCCUUAGUUCAAAUGAUGGUCAAGUGCGCCCCUGAUACUUGACACUGAUACAAAACACGUUCUGAUUUAGCUAAUUAAUUUUGUGGAUUUACUUUUUUUA